UUGAAUAUUUAAUAUUACAUAUAUUGUGCAAUAUAUAUACUUCACGGAUUUAUGUAGCCGCAUAUUGAGAUACUCAGUGAAUACAGACAACUAUUGGGUCGUAUAUACCUCACCAUGCCUAGUAUAGACAUUAAAGCGCGUUUGAAACAGUACUUCCCUGCCGACAUCGAGCCUUUGACGGGGGAUUUCGCCCAUUUGAGUGACGGAGAUCGAGAAGCACUGAAGCUACUAGUUGAAGCCGCCAAUUUGCUUGAUGGAUUAUUUUUUACUCAAACAUGGGGCGAUAGCAAUGAGCGAAGAAAUCAACUCGUUAAUAACUCUGAUACAGAUGUCCUUCGAUAUGUGAAUCAGAACAUGGGUCCCUGGGAUAG